AUGCUCAUCCGCAACGCCAGGAUCCUCCCGUCCAUCGCCGAGUCUUUCGAUGACAUAGAGUUUGCAGUCAACCUGCAGCUAGCGAUCCACAAGUGCGUGCUGGUCCCGCUCUGGGCCGAGGUGACGCCCAGCCUGAUCAAAGAGACCGAGGAGUACCUGGCCGAGAUGGUUCCGAGCUGGAGGGGCUUCCGCGUCGACUCCUCCGCCAAGUACCUGGGCACGCGCAUCGGUCCUGGCAUCUCGGAGCAGGGCAUCUGGAAGGAUGCGGCGGCGAAGUGGUGGUCACGGACUGCGGAGCUGAGCCGCACGGGCAUGGCGACCAGCCUCGCCGCCCGCGCCUACAACGUCAACGUGCUCCCGUGCCUCUCCUACCUGGCCCAGUUCUUCUUCAUCAUCCCCGAGAUAUGGCGGAUCGAGGUCACGAUGCUCCACCGCCUCCUGUGCUUCCCGCCCUCGUCCAUGCGCAAGGCGGACAUCCUCGCUUUGGGCUCGUGGUGCGGUUCCCCUGCGCCCGUGGGCGUGCUCCCGUACUCUGUCGCCACCAUCCUCCGCGCGGCGGCCCACACAGUGCGAGGCUGGGCCCCUGUGCUGGGCUCCCUGCACGAGACGGCGGUCGAGCACCUCCCGCUGGUCCGUGUGUUGCGGGGCGCGUGGUCUCCGCCGUGGUGGGCCACCGAGCGUUCCAUCGUUCAGAACUACGGCCUCGUCAUGGACCUGUUCCGCACCCUCCUGCACCCACGCCCCGAGCUGGACAAGCUGCCCGUCCCUGUACCGCCAGCCCUCGUCGAGGCGGCCCGCCGUGCGAUGGCCGACGGAGAGCUCGCCGCCGCUGCUGCCGUCCCGCCCAGGAAGGUCAAGCGCCAGGCCGCGGCCAUGCUUGCCUUGAGGGAUGGCCUCUACGACGGCCGCCUCGACAUCCUCAUCGGCCGCCGCUUGCGGCGCUGGGGCAUCGUGAUCACCCCUGAGGAGCUGCACGGCCGAUGGCUGGAGCUCCGAGCUGUUCUGCGUGCUGUUCGCCCAUCAUGGCUGUGGUCGUGGCUCCGCGCGGCGGUCAUCGGCUGGAUCACCUCGGGCAGGAUGCACGUCAUCGCCCCGCGGCCGUGCAUCUUUGGCUGCGACGCCAAGGACGACCUGAUGCACUACAUGAAGUGUGAGAAGCUCCGCAGCGCGGUUGCUGCCCCUGCGGAGCCGAGUGAGUUGGAGUUUGGAAUGGUCUUCCUGGGGCUCGGCCUCCCGCACGAGCAUCGCGUGCGCGCCCGCAAGACCUGUGUGCAUGCGGUGGCGUUGACCACGCAAUUAUAUCAUAUCGAAAAGUGGCGGAUCGACAGCGGUCUGCCUGUCCAUGACGCUGCGAUUGCGGCCGCACGCAUCGCAGCAUUGCAUCGCCUACAGGCCUAG